AUGGACAAGCUGGCAGCUCAGCUCAUAUUGCGCCCAGCCCGACCCGCUCAGGUGGCUACGCCAACGCCCCAGACGGCUGGGAAUGCGACCAUGGCGAGGCAUAUGCAGAGCAUCAACAAUGAUUUCGUCAUCGAUGUGGUCACACGCAUCGACAGUGUCUAUCACUUUCACAACCUCCUCUUCUACAUAUCGGAGAAGCUAAAUUUGAAUAGUCCGGCCGGUAGCGAAUUCUUCAGGAAGUUCUGGAAGCAGUUUCCCCUCGUGCCGCGCAUCAUCGUGCGAAACAACCGCAGCUCGAUCAACACGAACACCACGAUAAAGAGCCUGAUAAGCACGCCAUCUCUGGUGAUGGUGUUCACCACACAUCACAGCGAUCCCAUCAUGGAAGUCGCCUCGGAGACCCUCAAGGGCAUACGCUGGCUGAAGACGAUCUUCAUUCUGUUUCCAUAUCUGAGCAGUGCGAACUAUCAUGAGAGCUUUGAGACGUUUACCCAAUUCUCGCAAAUAUUCCAGGACGUUCUCCGCUGGAGCUGGACCAAACAGUUCACCAACACGCUGCUGCUGACCAUCAACGACAACGUCUAUCAGCUGAAUCCGUAUCCCACGCAACACUUUGUGAAUAGAACCGAGCACUGGAUGGCUCGAGACUUCUUUCAGAAACUCAGCCAUAAUAUGAUGGGAUAUGUGGUGAAUACACCGGUGUUCUAUGAUAUGCCACGCGUGUUCAAGGGAGCGGACCAGAGGACGGUCUACGGCACCAGUGGCAAGCUGUUUCUGGGAUUCCUCGACUUUGUGAAUGCCACGAUGCAUGACACCUCCGCUAACCUAACCAUAACUACCUUCAAUCUGCCGUAUCUCCUAGAGCUCGUCGGCCAGGGCGUCUAUGAGACGCUGAUACACACCUACACCGACCUGAUCGGGAAUUACUCGGUCAGCUUCAGCUAUCCGAUUGGCAUCAACGACUGGUGCCUGAUGGUGCCCUACCGCAACGAUUCGGUGCAGGAGCUGUAUGUACGCGAGGCUCUGCAGGACAACGUCUGGCUGCUGCUAUUACUGACGAUUCUCUAUGUGGGCUUUGGCCUUUGGCUCUGCUCGCCCCAACGGCCGAGGGAUCUCAGUGCCAUUCUGCUGCAAUGCAUCCUCAGUCUGAUCAACAGUCCGCCCACAUCGAUAAUGCGGACUAGGGACAGGCGCAUGCGCUAUCUCUAUCUGGUGCUCACCAUCAUGGGCAUCGUCGCCUCGAACAUGUACAUCAGCAAGAUGGCCAGCUACUUCACCUCGCCGCCGCCCGUGCGUCAGCUGAAUACCCUGCAGGACGUUAUCGACGCCAAUCUGAUCAUCUACGUGCAGGACUUUGAGUACAAGUUUCUGGCCCGUAAGAGGGAUCAGUACUCGGAGCGCUUUCUUCAACAAGUCGUCGUUGCGGAUGCGAGGUUUAUUCAGCGGCAUCGCGAUCUGCUGAACGCAAGCUACGGCUACUUUGUGUCCAGCGAUCGCUGGGAUCUGAUCAUGAUGCUGCAGAAGCAUCUCCGGGUGCCGGUCUUCAGGCUAACGCAAAUCUGCUCGGGUCCCUUUUACCACGUUUUCCCCAUGCAUAUGGACUCGCAUCUGCAGUCGCCGCUGCAGAACUUUAUACUGAUUUCCCAGGAAUCGGGCCUCAGGCAUCACUGGAAGUGGGAGUCCUUCUGGGAGGCACUGUACAUGCGCGUCAUUCACUUUAUAAUUCUGCAUGAGCAGCCACAGCCACUGAGCAUGGCCUUCUUGUCCAGCAUGAUGCGCACCUGGUGCAUGGGUCUUGUCCUAGCUGGCACGGCAUUUAUCCUGGAGAUGAAAUGGCAUCAGCAUGUGAUGCAGGCGCAUGGCCACAAGCUGUGGCACAAACUGAGAACUGCAGUAAAAAGGCGCCGAAGCUGCAGGAGAUGA